GUACUACUGCACGAAACUCCUUUGUCAUCAUCAAGGCUUAUUGCCAUUGCAACCAAUGAUCCCCUCAAUCAUUCCACUUAUAUACUUGUUUUCUUCCUCGCCUUCUUCCUUGCAACAACCACCUUCACACCCUGGACCUCUCUCUCCCUCUAAUUACAGCUUUCUCAAAUGGCUCCUCGAUCUAUUGUCUUUAUCUUCCUUCUCGGGUUGCUUAUUUCACUCUUUUGUCUUUCUCAUGCAAUCAAUACUAACCAGUCUCAAUUCUUCACCUUGAUGAAAGAGUCUGUCUCCGGAAGCUCCUUCUUGUCCAACUGGGAUGUCUCGAGAGAAAAAGCUUACUGCAACUUCAAUGGAGUUAGCUGUGAUGAUCAAGGUUAUGUUGUCAAGCUUGAUUUCUCUGGUUGGUUACUUUCGGGUACAUUCCCAACAGAUGUAUGCUCGUACUUGCCAAAGUUGCGUGUGCUCCGUCUUGGCCUGAACAAAUUCUCCGACGACUUUCCUGUCAGCAUAGCCAACUGCACCCUCUUGGAAGAGCUGAACACGAGUCACCUGUAUCAAUCAGGAGUUCUUCCUGAUUUCUCACCGAUGAAAUCUCUGAGGAUACUUGAUUUGUCGUACAAUCUCUUUAAGGGCAACUUCCCCAUUUCGAUCGUUAACCUUACCAAUCUGCAGGUGCUUAACUUCAAUGAAAACCAGGGUUUCCAUUUGUGGGAACUCCCAGAGAAUAUUUCCAGGCUGACGAGUCUUAGAAUCAUGGUCUUGACAACAUGCAUGUUGCAUGGUACGAUCCCAAAAGCAAUAGGAGACAUGACAUCCCUCGUUGAUCUUGAACUGAGUGGGAAUUACCUCGUGGGUCAAAUUCCAGCAGAGCUAGGAUUGCUGAAGAAUUUGCUGCAACUUGAACUCUACUACAACGAACUUGUAGGAAAUAUACCUGAGGAGCUUGGAAAUCUAACAAAGCUCACAGAUUUGGACAUGUCUGUCAAUAAAUUGACAGGAAAUAUCCCAGAAUCCAUUUGUCUUCUUCCCAAGCUCCGAGUCCUACAUCUUUACAACAACAGCCUUACAGGAGAAAUUCCAGGUGCAAUUGAAAGCUCCACAUCCUUGACCAGUUUAUCACUUUAUGGCAAUUUUCUGAUGGGGGAAGUUCCACGAAAUCUAGGGCAAUCAUCACAAAUGAUUGUCUUGGACCUGUCGGAAAACCGACUUUCUGGUCCUUUACCUAAGGAGAUUUGCAAAGGAGGUAAAUUGGUUUACUUUCUUGUUCUUGAAAAUAAUUUCUCUGGAAGGUUACCUGAACAUUACUCAAAAUGUGUGUCUCUUCUUCGAUUUCGAGUUAGUCAUAACCAUCUGGAGGGGUCCAUUCCUGAAGGACUUCUAAGUCUUCCCCGUGUCUCAAUCAUUGACUUGGGUUACAAUAAUUUAGAUGGUAUCCUUGCUGACACAGUUGGAAAUGCUAGAAACUUGUCAGAACUAUUCAUUCAGGGCAACAGGAUUUCAGGUGUUCUACCUUCUGGAAUCUCUCAAGCAACCAAUCUGGUGAAGAUUGAUCUGAGUAAUAAUCUACUAUCUGGUCCAAUACCUUCUGAAAUUGGCAAUUUGAGAAAGCUAAAUUUGUUGCUACUACAAGGAAACAUGCUCACAUCUUCCAUUCCAGACUCUCUUUCUUUGCUAAGAUCUCUCAAUGUUCUUGAUCUCUCGAACAACCAGCUGAUUGGAAAUAUCCCAGAAAGCCUCUCUGAAUUGUUACCCAACUCCAUCAACUUUUCAAACAAUUCGCUUUCUGGUCCAAUUCCAAUCUCGCUAAUAAAAGGAGGGUUGGUAGAAAGCUUCUCUGGCAACCCAGGUCUGUGUGUGUUAGUCUAUGUUAAUUCCUCAGAUCAAAGCUUCCCCAUUUGUUCAAAAGUUCAGAACAGAAAGAAAGUAAAUUCUAUCUGGCCAAUUGGAGUUUCGGUUGUUCUCAUUGUUCUUGGAGCUCUCCUUUUCCUAAAACGCAGGUUUAGUCAAGAGAGGGCUAUGAUAGAACAUGUUGAGAUGGUUUCUUCAUCAUUCUUCUCAUAUGAUGUAAAAAGCUUCCAUCGAAUAAGUUUCAACCAACAUGAGGUCAUCGAAGCCAUGGUGGACAAAAACAUCGUGGGACAGGGAGGAUCUGGGACAGUGUAUAAGAUUGAGUUGAGCAGUGGAGAAGUUGUUGCAGUGAAGAGACUUUGGAGUAAAAAAACUAAAGAAACAGCUCCAGAGGAUCAAUUGUUCCUAGACAGGGAGCUGAAAACUGAGGUCGAUACUCUUGGAAGUAUAAGGCACAAAAACAUAGUCAAGUUGUACUGCUAUUUCUCAAGUUUGGAUUGCAGUUUGCUGGUUUACGAGUAUAUGCCGAAUGGUAAUCUUUGGGAUGCCCUUCACAAAGGGUGGAUUCAUUUGGAUUGGCCUACUCGCCAUCAGAUUGCGCUAGGCAUUGCACAGGGUUUGGCGUACCUCCACCAUGAUCUGCUGCCUCCUAUCAUUCACAGAGACAUCAAGUCAACCAAUAUCCUUCUAGAUGUCAAUUACCAGCCCAAGGUUGCAGAUUUUGGCAUAGCCAAGGUUUUACAAGCAAGAGGAGGGAAGGAUUCUACCACUACCGUAAUUGCAGGGACUUAUGGCUAUCUAGCACCAGAAUAUGCAUAUUCAUCUAAAGCAACAACAAAGUGUGAUGUCUACAGUUUUGGAGUAGUUCUAAUGGAACUGAUAACUGGGAAGAAGCCAGUAGAGCUAGAGUUUGGAGAGGGCAAGAAUAUCAUAUAUUGGGUCUCAAACAAAGUGGACACCAAAGAAGGAGCCAUGGAGGUUUUAGACAAUCGAUUAUCAGGGUCAUUCAAGGAUGAGAUGAUCCAAGUUCUUCGUAUUGCCAUUCGUUGUACCUACAAGGCCCCAGCACUUCGCCCAACCAUGAAAGAGGUGGUUCAACUGCUGAUUGAGGCUGACCCUUGUGGAUUCAAUUCUUGCAAACCCUCAAAUAAGACCAAAGAUGCAUCAAAUGUCACCAAAAUAAAGAACCCAUUUGAGUUAUGAUCUUGCGUCAUGCAUGAGGAGGAGUUUGCAUGGUCUGAGGUGAAGUAAUAUUGGCAUGCAUCUGCAGAGAAAAUUCUCUCUCUCAAACUAAAUGAGAGAUUCAUCACUAGAAAAUUAGAGUUACUUACUAUAUGUUACUAUCUUUGUAAUCUUUAACAAAAGUAGUUUAUAGAUUAAUGUCCUUUUUUUCUUUUUUCUUUUCUAUCUUGUAAAUAUUUAAAGAAUCAAUCGGUAUAACUGCUUUAUAGUAACGCAAAGUAUAUAUAUUUUAGAGACCCAACAAUGAAUGAAAUCAUUCCCUAGCUUUUGAGAA